AUGUUUCACGCAGAAAAUACCAACGACCCGAAGGAGGUCAGGAACUGGAAAAUUCACCUACUGGGCUUUGGGGUGUCGAUGUCUGCUGUAGCAGUAGGAUUCGAUACUGCAUUUAUAGGAGGUACCCAGGCACUGGUGUCUUUCAAGCGGGAUUUUGGACUAGAUGUCCAAAGUCAGUAUGAACGUGACACAUUAUCGGGGAAUAUUGUGUCAACAUUUCAAGCUGGAUGUGUUGUGGGGUCGCUCAUAACUUUUCCAAUUGUCGAAAGAUGGGGACGCAGAAAAGGGAUGAUCCUGUCGUCAUUGGUUUUUUGCAUUGGUGCAGCCUUGAUGACUGCUUCAUCUGGAAUGCUGCCACUCAUCUAUGCUGGCCGAGCAAUAACUGGCCUAGCAAUUGGUGGUGCAUCAUUGAUCGUUCCCGUUUAUAUUGCCGAAACCUCACCACCGAGUAUUCGUGGAAGACUAGUAGGAGUAUUCGAAGUGUUGAGCCAAGCCGGUGGGAUGCUGGGAUUCUGGAUCAAUUACAUCGUCGAUAGAACCAUAGACCCCGCUGGCCCAACUCAAUGGCUCAUUCCUGUGGGACUUCAACUGGCCCCCGGAGCUAUUUUCUUCUUUGUAUCUCUUUUUGCCCCCGAAUCACCUCGUUGGCUUUGUAAGAAGGAUAACUGGGAUCAGGCCAGGAAGAAUUUGGUUUUGUUGCGGAACCUCCCAGGCGAUCAUGAAUAUAUCCUGGAAGAACUCACUGGGAUCAGGGAGCAGAUUGAGCUCGAGCAGCUCAAGUCAGGGGGCAGUUCUCUGAAAGCGAAUCUCAAAGAGAUGACCCUUAAGGGGAACAGAAACCGCGUUGGUAUUGGACUAUUAUUGAUGGCUUGUCAGAACCUGACUGGUGUUAAUAUUCUUACCUACUACUCGCCUCGUAUUUUUGAAACUCUUGGAUUAACAGGAACCUCAACAAAGUUAUUUGCGACAGGAUGUUACGGAAUCGCUAAAACUCUUGGGAUGGUGAUUUUCGCUGUUUGGCUGGUUGAACGAGUUGGUCGACGAAAAGCCUUGAUUUAUGGCGCCUUUGUGGGUAGUAUUCCGAUGUGGUAUAUUGGAGGAUAUGUUAUGAAAGCCGACCCCGAAACAGCAGCUGCGGAAGGAAGAUUCACCCAGAGUGGUUGGGGAUAUCUUGCGAUGGUUUGCGUAUACCUCUAUGGGCUCGUUUAUUGUAUGACCUGGCAGGGAACAACCUGGGUGUACUGUUCGGAAAUCUUCCCAAUUGGUAUUCGUAUGUUCUGUGUCGCUAUAACUACAGCAGACCAAUGGCUCUGGUCUUUUAUUAUAUCUCGCUCGACCCCAUAUAUGAUUACGAGUCUCGGCUAUGGGACUUACUUCUUCUUUGCAGCGUUGAUGAUUCUAAUGGGAAUAUGGUCAUUCUUCUGCGUGCCGGAAACGAAAGGACUUACGUUGGAGGACAUGGAUAGGCUUUUUGGGGUCCCGGAGAGGAUUGAGAGCGAGGGAAUGAAGCGGACGGGGGAACUGGAGAAGGGUUCUGAUGAACUGAUCGAUAGUGUUGACAAUGCGAAUAUGAGGAGAUGA